GAUAAACUAACGGAGCUGAUUAGUUGUGCUAUAGACAGCAAAUCUUACUCAUUUUUACAACUUGUGAACAUGACCCACGAUACGAGGGAAACAAAGAUUAAGGAGUACUAUGAUGUUGCGCUGGACUUGAUUACCAAAUGCGGUCCCAUAUUUAUGGAGGGCUAUAAUAAAGCCAAGAAGGAGGUCAUGGUAAAAGACGCCUUUUUUGACUUCGUCACCGUCUACGAUCAACAAAUUGAGGAAAAACUAACCGAGGGUCUGUUGAAAGCAUUCCCGGAAUCAGUUUUUAUAGGGGAGGAAACCUUGGCUGGUAAAAAGAAGUUGCCAGAUCUGACAGAUGCACCUACAUGGAUCAUAGAUCCUAUUGAUGGCACCACCAACUACAUACACAGGCUGCCUCAUUGCGGUAUUUCGGUUGCUUUGACUAUUGAUAAAGAGCUGGAGAUAGGCAUUAUCUAUAAUCCGGUAGCCAAUGAGCUAUUCUCGACCAGGAAAGGUCAUGGCGCCUUUCUAAAUGGCGAACCUAUUCAAGUUACCGCCGCAACUGAGAUGUCUAGUGCAGUGGUUGGACUUGAAAUUACGCUGAUUAAUGUGCCUCAAUUGCGUGAUAGAAGUCUCAAACGUGCCUAUAAGCUGGGCUCUUUUGCUGCUGGCACGCGAUGCUUGGCUAGCGCUGCAUUGUCUCUAGCGUAUGUAGCAAAGGGCACAUUGGAUGUCUAUCACGUGGAUUACUUAAAGCCUUGGGAUGUAGCUGCUGGCGUUUUGCUUGUGCGUGAGGCCGGCGGUGUGGUACACAAUACGAAUGGUAGCGCUUUCAAUGUGAUGAAACCAAAUCUUGUCGCAGCCGGCACAGAGCCGCUUGCUCAGUCGGUAAUACAACUGAUCGAACAGGCGGAUCAUAUGAGGGAAUACAAAUUCACUUAGCUAUGAACUAAAAUUCUGCACUUACAUUGGGCGGCAUGCCGUGCUGAUAGCCAAGUGGCGACAUAUU